AGUGUGUGUGGGUGGUGGUGUAAAUAACAAAAAAAAAAAAAUAAGUUUCCAGGAAUUUCAAUUUCUUACAAACAAAAAAAAAAAAAAGAAAAAACGGAAAAAAGAUCUAAAGAUGCGCGUUUUAAACUCAAUUGUCAAUGUGUUAAUAUUGCACAUUUAAAUUAAAAAAAAAAUAGUUCUACAACACACUUGAAAUAAAAAAAAGCCUCUAACUAUGUAGAGCCAAACAUUUAAUGGCAAAAUAAGCAGAAAAAUCUUAUUAAAAUCUAAAAUACUCUCAAAAUAUGCAUCUAAAAUUAAGAAUUUUCAAAGGAAAUUCAUUGCCACAAAUAGGCACUGUUAUUGAAUCCAUUAUCACCAAUAUUACAACUAUUAUUACAAGCAGCUCCAAAUUUAGCUUCGUCACGAAGGCAUUUCUUCAACGAAGUAAAACUGUGAUUCCUUGGCAAUCAACAUCUUUAAUGACAGCAUCAUCAUAUAAAAAGAUUGUUAUGCAACGAGAAAAAUAAUUUAAAAAAAAAAUGUCGUUUUGCUUAACUUAAGUUUAGAUAAAGCAUACAUAAAAAUACAAUACAAGAGUAACAAUUCUAGCAGUUAAAAUAAAAGCAAACAAGAAAAACAAAACAAAAUAAAAUAAAAAAAACUUGAACAAAAAUGUCGAUUAUUAAAAUCAACUGUGAUCUUAACAAUUAUUAUAGUACUACUAGUGGUAUAAGUCAGCGAAGAGAUGUUGCUAAAAAACGCCUCAGACUGUUGGUGGUGAAGAAGAAAAAGGACGACGAUGAUGAUGAGAAUCCCAAUGUUGCCACAACAGCAACUUCUUCAGCGUUACCAAACUUCAGAAUACAAUCCAUAAUACAGGAUGAUGAUAAAAAUCAACUUGCAACAACAACAAGAACAACAACAAUAACAUCCGAAACAGUAAGAGAAGUGACCCCGCGUCUUCAGCCAUUAUUAAUUGCCGCCACUACUGGUUUACCCAAUGACCGAAAUCCCCAAUCAUCAACGCCAUCAUUACUACUAUCAUCCGCACCAUCGUCGUCGAUGUCAAUGUCGAUAUCAAAAACAAAAAACGAAUUUGCAACAGCAAAAAUUCGCAGGAGCAAAUUUAAAAAUUCAUUAAAUUUGAAAAUUUCAAAGUAUUUAGGAAAAUAUUUAACGUUGAACUUUUUCUUCAUAAUAUUUAUCCUUAUCGAAUUGUAUGCGGUGCGGCCGGUAUGUGGAUUGCUAGUUGUUGAUCCCAUCAGCUUAGAUGGCGUUGCAAAUUCAAAUAGUGAUAUUGUCAGCAGCAGCAGUAGCAGUAGUGGAAUAAGUAAUCAUCAUCAUCAUUCUCACAACAGUAGUAGUAGCAACAGUAAUAAUAACAACAAUGCAGGAGGAGGUGGAGGUGGAGGUGGCCAUUAUUUAGAUAAAUUAGACAAUUUGGAACGCAGCGUGGCAGCAGUAUUGAUAAAAGUUGCAUAUGGUACAACAUCCACAACAAAACGUAGCAUACCCGAUAAUAGCUAUGUACCGAGUCUAACAACUAUUGCAACACCGCCAUUAACAACUUUGCGGUAUUUAGAAAAAUCAGCACAUCAACAGCAAAUCAAUUUACAUCAUCGGAAUUAUGAAUUAGAUCUGGAACGGGAUCAUGCUCUUCCGACAUCAGCUCCAAAUGCCGAUAUCUUAAAAAGCAAUAGUAAUCCCACUUAUCCAAAUCCCAACAGACAUCAUAAUCAUGAUCGUGAUAGGCAUCGACAUUUAUUAAACUCAACACCAUCACCAUCGCUACCAAACAUACUAAAAAAGAGCCAACCAACAAUUCCAAUGUAUCCUGGAGAUAUGCCAUCAUAUUCACCACCAGCACGAUCAUUCUUUACACCGCCAUUGCCGCCAGAAUAUCAAAAUCCAUUUGCUGAUAAGCCCACAUUACGUGGCACAAAUAACGAAGGUGUAAUUGUUAAUACAGGAACUUACAUCAAUCGACGUCCAAUUCCACCACCUAGUUUAAUGCCUGGACACGAACGAAUACCAUUUAGACCACCUGAUUUGGGUGGUGGCGUUGGUGGUGGUUCAAUAGCUAUUCCAAGUAAUCCAAUUGGUAGUGGUGAUUUCCCAGCCACUAGUCACAAGCCACAACAGCUACCAUUGGACCAAGAGGGACAGCGUAAAAAGGCAUUGAAUACACCAUCGCAGAAAGGUGGAAAUAAUCGUUUGGGCAAUGGUGUUGAUAUUUAUGGUGAUGGUGUGGUUAAUACAGUACCAUUAUCUGAGAUAAGCGAUGCAAUUCAUAACCCCAGACAAGAACAUCUACCCAGCAUAAGGCGAAUUUUAUCCGGUUCGAAUGGUCGAAAGGAAGAUAUUCCAGAGGUACUAUUGAAACAAGUUACCUCGAGACCAGCUUAUAAUCCACAGCCACCAUCGUCGCCGGUGGUUGUUGUGCAGACUUCUCCGGAGAAUAUGCCUGAUGAUAAUCGAGGUGGAAACAGCCAAAAUCCGAAUAUAAAUCAGAGUAAGAAUUUCGACUUGGCAGGGGGUGGCGUUGGAAGUGAUAGUAGUGAUGACAUUGAAGAUUCCAAUGAACCCGAUGAUCUCGGUCAAGAUCAAGAUGAACCGAAAACACAACCCAAAAUCAAAAUGAGUACUAAGUCGACAGAUACACCAAAUUCCGGUGGUGGUGGUAGUAAACAACAAUCACAACAGAAGCAACAUCACCUCCAUCAAAAUGGCCAGUCCUCAUCAUCAUCGUCAUCAUCGACUUCAUCGACAACAGUAUCUUCAGCAACAGCUUCAUCAUCUUCUUCGUCCUCGUCGUCAUCAUCGACAAAACACAACACAGCCACCUGGUCAGUGGCAUGGAAUAUCCAUGUCUACCUGUCGGUAAUUCUCUUCACCAUCUUAGGCGUCUAUUCAAUAUUUAAAAUGAUCUUUUAUAAUAAGCUUACUCAUCUCUUUAGUCAAUCCUAUUUCAUUUGCAUCCAUUUGAUUUUGAUAAUUAUUUGUAGUUCGCGUAUUUUCUACUUGUGCUAUGAUGCAUACAACAUUCAUUCGACAUUUCAUAUAUUCGUCUCAGAAAUUUUGCUCAAUUUACCGGCAACUUUUUUGACAAUUUCAUUUUCAGUUUUAAUAUUAUUUUUACUGAUUAAGAGUCUCAAUCAUAAGAAUAAUCGUUAUUCCGCUCUGAUUCGGCCACUGACUGUGGUUGUUGGCAGUGGCGUUCAUGUCGUCCUCUGCAUUACACUACAUUAUGUCGAAAGCUACACAACCAGUCACAGCCAACAAUUUUACUAUCAGCAACUUUAUCGCAAUGGGCUGUAUCAUCGAGUGGCAAACACCAACAAUAUGGUAUUACAACAGCAUCAUUUACAACAGCCUUUACUGCAUCACCAUCAUCAGCUGACCAUUCCGCCGCCUCCACCACCCAGGGUACUCUCGCUUAUAUGUCAGAUCAUUUAUAUUUUUAUAUGUCUCAGCCUGGGACUAUUGUACUUGUACAUUUAUCGAAUUUUGAAGAGAAUUCUUCGAAGCAAAAGCCAAAAUUAUAUUCAUGGAUUUCAAAAUCUCUCUUAUGCGAUUCAUAUAACAAUUGCAACGGCAUUGUUGUUUGUGUUGUUGGCAGCCUUGCAGAUAUUUGGUGCCAUAAGUAUUUCAACAACACGUCCGCUAAUCACAUCAUCAUCUGACAUGGACUGGUUGCAGUGGGGCUAUCAGUUUUCAUUGCGUUUAAUAGAAAUCGCCAUAAUCACCUUAAUGUCGUGGGUGGCUGGUUUAAAAACUAGUGGUGGCGGUGGCGGAGCUGGUGUUGGCGUCGGCGGAAUGGCUCCAGGUGGUGGUGGUAUGCAGCGUGAAAAAAAUGCUGACAGUGGUCACAAUGUGGCCGGCUUUUUCUUGCCUUGCACAUCGAGUUCUAGCCAAGAACAAUUUGAAACAGACUAUCCAGCAAUUUGCAACGCCAACACAAAUUUGCAUACGUAUACACUUCGUACGGGCAAGCCCAUAUACGAUGACACAUUUGCGUUAAAUUCUCUAGGCGGUCAAGGGUCGAUGGGUGGUGGCUCACAACGCAACGAUUUUCAGCUGCAAUCAACAAAUAAUUUUGUGCGUCCUUAUGAUACAGGAUCCUUGCAGUCAGGUAGCGGCAUUGGCAGCCACAUGCACUCACGGCAGCAGAUCGAUGCCCAGAGUGGCCACCAUUCUGAUUUUCUAACUGAAACACAAACCGAUCAUUAUGAGAAUCCGAAUUUUGAGUUGCGAUCAACAGGUAAUCGAGUUUCUGACCAGCAUCAGUAUUCAGACAAUUGUUAUUCAGAACCAUUGAAUGGCGGUGGCAGCAGCACAAGCGGCUACGACUUCUCCAAUUUUGAGAGACCAAAAUUCGGCGGUGGAAUUCGUGAGGGCAAUGUCCCAGCCGAUAUGAUGCUUGACAGACCUAUGUCUAGGAACAAUGAUCGCACUUCGAAUUCGAGCCGAAACCACCAUCGCGCGAAUUUGGAUCGAACGAAUUAUGAAAAUCCCGAACGAAGAAGUUCAAAUUCAACACAUUCCUGCACAAGUGCACGUUAUGCAACUUAUAACUCGUUCGAUCGUCAUGGUGUUGUGCGAAAAAGUGGAACAUUGAACAAUAUUGGUGGUAUAAUAACCGGUCGAAAUGGCAGCUCUUCAUCAGCUGCUUCGUCUUCGUCACGUCCGUCAGGUGUACAGACGCUAAGCACAGCAAAUCAUCAUCCUCGAGGUGGUGUUAUCAAUGGUUCGGCACGCAUCUUGCGAACAGGUGUUGGCGGUGCGGCCGAACUAAUGAUGAUCGAUCCUAACCAUUCGUCGCAUAACCACCAUCAACGUGAUUCGUCCGAUGACCAGCGGGAAAUGCCAUCUCAUCCUCAUCGUGGCGGUGGUGGAGGUGCACCAAUAAAAGCCUUGAAUUAUUACCGCGAUUGUCAAUUGGAACGAAGCAAUAGUGCCGCAAUGCAGCAGUAUAUCUUACAAUCUGACGACGACAUGGUGAUUGGUAGUAAUGCAGAGCGUACGAAUUUGAUAAACAGCAGUGGUUCGCGGAGCGGUGGAGGGGUUGAUGGUAUGGGCAUGAAUAUGGGCAUUGGCCCAUCGGGGGGAGGCAGUGGCAAUGGGGGUGGCGGUGGCUGUUCAUCCUCUGGGAUAACAAGUAGCACCAGUGGGGGUAAUUUAACAGACAAUGGCAGCGCUAAUCUAGUUACUGGCGAUCGUGGCAACAAUAACUGUGGUACCGGCACAACUGGCAGCUCAGGUAUGGGCAGCAGCAGUGGCGAAAGUGCCAAUAGUGGUAGUAUGUUAGUUGCCGAACAUGGAUUUGUUCGUUUUCGAGCAUUAGAUGAUAUAAAUAAUGCUCAAGGUGUUGGCAUUCAUAAUGCAUCAAUUAGAACAACAAAGACUGGUGGCGGCAGGAGUAAAGAAAAGCAGCGUUAUGCUAGUAAUACAUAGUCGGAGUUAGUAGUUUUUAGUUACUAGUUUUAGGGAUAUUUUAUUAAUUUUUUUAUUUCUUUUUUUUUACACACACAUUUUUUGUAUGAAAUCAUUGUUUCAUUUCUUUCUUUUUUUACAGAGGAAUACUUUUUUAUUUGUUGAUAUAAUAUUUUUAUUUAUAAAAAAAAUAUGAGAUCAUUUGGUAGUGUAGACGGUCGGAUUAUGUGAAACAAGAUACAAAAUUAAUAGAGAUACUGAUUUUAUUAUUCGAUUAAUUUUCUGUACAUGUUUAAGGUGCAUGUUAUUUUAAAGACAUAAAAAAAGCAAUAUUGUUUGAACAUCAUAACAAUUGGCGAUAGCUAACUGUGUUAUAUUUUUAGAGACAAGAUUAUCAGUUUUCCCCCAAAUUAUGCAAGGUUUUAAACCUUUAUUUAAUUUUCAUUGAAAUCUAAUUCCAACUGUAAGUGUUGUCAAAGUCCCGCAUGGAUAUAUAUACAUUUUAUGCUCCUUAUCAAAACAAAUACUUUUAUCAUCAGAAUUAAAUUUAAGAAAAAUUAGAUGACAAUCAAUCAAAAUCGAUAAAACAAGAAAUUUUGUGCAGUUGUGAUUGAAUUUGAAAAAAAACUGCAUAUAGUUAUUUGUACCUUAAAAUGGAAGUUGUUUCAUGGAAAGAUUUUUAUCCAAACCAAUAUGCUUUCAUAUCCAAAUCUUAUUGUAAGUUUUUUUUCUUCCAUUACAGCUCUUAAAGCAACAUUUGAGGCGAAUUGCUUCACAUUUUAAAAACAAAACUUGAAAUAUAAACAAUUGUGCUUCUUCGUGUUGGAAAAUAUUAAUUGUCUUCCAUUUGAAGGCGAUAUUUUUCUUUGCCAAAACACUGAGUAACUUUAGAGCUAUCAAUUGAAUAUGCUAAUUUGUCAUGUCAUUGUUUUAACAAUAGAAAAUUGCUUGAAGGAAUUACAACAAUUUCAAUUUAUGUAGUGUCCAUUGAUCAUUGGUCUUGUUUUUGAGCACUUUAGAAGACCAAAAUUGUCAAUUCAGACUCACAAAGGCUUAGUUUUUCAAUGCAAGGAUAAAUUUAAACUUGCCAAAAUUGAUUAUUUAACUAAAGUUAGGAUGAAGAGGUGCUUUUGAUUUUUUAUUGAUAGUGUUUUGUUUUUGUUUCUUUCCUUUUCUUAUUCCAUAUGCAUCCUUAACUGAAAAAAAAAACUACUUGAGUCUUGGGACUAGAAUUAUUUGGCAGGAUUAACUAACUGAGUAAGCUCAAGACUGAAAAAUUAGCCCUAAAUGGAAAAAAUAAUGAAAAAUCAUAAUACAAGAUUCCUCUCACAUAAGAAAGUACCCCCCAAAAAAAAGCAUCUUUCGAACUCGUUCAUAUACGUCGUCUUCAUUAUAGAUAAAAUCGUAUUUUAUUUUUAAUUAGUACCUAUAUAUUGUAAAUAAAAUGUAUAUAACUGCCAUUAAAAAAUAACAUUAUAUAAAUUUUAUUUUAAUUUACAUUUUACAAAAAAAAAAAAAAGGAAA